UGUGAGCAAAAGUGGAAUUCAUACGUGACUGGGAAUGUUACAUAAGAGCACUUUAGUGUAGGUCUGAAAGUUCCAGUGAUCGCAGACAGACAAGAACCUGGUAAAAGCACUCAGACAGACAGAUUAGCAAGAUAGAAAGAGGGUGAAAAGAUUUUUACAGUGACUGAAGCAUUUCCGCUUCAGCUGGGAAUUCAGGAGGGAUUGUUUUUCAGAUGUUUAAGAGGAUUUAGGCUGAAAAGCAGAAGAAAUCGAGAGAAGAGAAGACAAAACCGGUUCCUUUCCACAAGACAAGAGAGAUAAGGAAGAUAUAAUGAGAUAUGAGAAUGAGUAAACAGAGAUCAAGCAGGAAGAGGUUUGCAGACAGCUAACUGUGUACAAAAGCAAAUCAAGUGUGCAGGUUUGACAAAGGACCAAAAGCCAGCUGAAAGAGGAGCUGCUGCAGACACGAGCUCAGGAAGAAGCACGUACUGGCCUCGUCUGAGCCAUUUUACACAUUUUGACGUCUGGUUUUUGGGUUCAUCGACUAAACUUUUGACAGUAUUAGUCAUGUCGGAGGAAGGAAAAUUGUCCUACAGUGAAGCCAUUGCGAAGGCGUACUCGUCCAUAUCUCGCUUCCCUCUCAUCCCAGUCAGAGGAAUUCCUCUCAUGAGCCUCAUCGCCAAAAACUGGGACUCCAUCUGGGCUUUCCGUCCGGAGCCCUCAGACCUCCUCAUCGCCACCUACCCCAAAGCAGGGACCACAUGGACCCAAGAGAUAGUUGACCUUCUUUUUCACAACGGCGAUGCCGAGGCCUGCAAACGAGCCCCAACACCCGUCCGCAGUCCUUUCCUAGAGAUCUUCUCCCCACCGCCCAUACCCUCAGGUCUUGAUCUUCUGAAGAAAAUGGAUCCUCCAAGAAUCAUCAAAACACAUCUUCCUUUUCAGUUGGUGCCUCCUGGAUUUUGGGAAAACAAGUGCAAGGCUAUCUAUGUGGCACGCAAUGCUAAAGACAACCUGGUGAGCUACUACCAUUUUGAUUGUAUGAAUAUGACCCAGCCUGACCCAGGACCCUGGGAAGGCUACAUACCUAAGUUCAUGCGAGGAGAGUUGUCAUGGGGCUCCUGGUAUGACCAUGUGAAAGGUUACUGGAUGGAGAGAGAGAAGAAGAAUAUCCUUUACCUCUUCUACGAGGACAUGAAAGAGAAUCCUCGGCGUGAAGUGGAGCGCAUCAUGAGGUACCUGGACUUGUCGGUCUCUGAUGAGGUCAUCAGCCGAAUUGUGGAACUCACGUCCUUUAAGAACAUGAAAGAGAACCCGAUGGCCAACUACUCCUGCGUCCCAGCUCCUGUUUUUGAUCAGUCAAUCUCCCCCUUCAUGAGAAAAGGUGAAGUAGGAGAUUGGAGAAACCAUUUUACACCCGAGCAAUCAAAGAUGUUUGAUGAGGAUUAUGAAAAGCAAAUGAAGGAAGUCAACAUACCAUUCAGGACCCUCAUCUAACGGAUCUUGGCUUUUCUACGGCUGCAACUCUGCAAACCAAAGACCGGUGGACUGACACUGUGCAGCACUAUACAAUCAGAAAUUUGGCACAAGCCAAAUACCCAAAACAAAAAUGAAUGCAAACAAAUUAGUUUGAUCCUUGAUGUAGAACACUAUAAUCACUGCGCCUCUUGUUAUGUUAAGUUUAAAGGAUCAAUAAAAAUGUACUCCACAAUACAUGCACAUGAGUUUGUAAUCAUCACUUUAUUGCAGCUUAUCACGUAAACAAUAUAUAAGACCAAAAGUGUUGUGACUGAGUGGACAUGCCAAUUUUAUGUCAUGAGACCUCCUAACAGCCUGCUGAUUGAAUUAAGAUAUUAUAAUAUAAUAAUAGAGAGCGCUGGCAUAUGAAGUCAAUUUGCAACACUACACCACACUGUACAGAGCCCAGCCAAAGCAGGGAGGCUGCACGAGACACGAGCAACAAAGGCUAAAGUAAAAGUAAUGAGCUGGAAAGUAAAUCAUA